AGAAAUACAUUUUCAAAUAUUAGAAACAAUUAUGGAACUGAAGGUUUUGACUGUCGUAUUACUAUCCAUUAUACCUAAAUUUGAAUUUAUUCUAAUCGAUUACCUGACUAGUGAUUGUAUACCUGGAGAAACUUGGAAGGAAACAUGUAAAACUUGCCAGUGUUCAGAUACCGGAAAACCUAUUUGUACUAAAGAUGUAUCCGCAUGUAAAUAUGUUUCACAAAGAUUAAAUUUGCCCGCUCUUAUCUUUACGGAUACUCACAGAUGCCAUAAAUCAGGAAAUCGUUCUAUAUGUGUCGAAACUGCUUUUCAAGAGGGUCUGGGACAUAGAAAAUGCAUGCCGGAUGGUCUAUUCUUCUACGAUAGUUGUACCUGGUGUGGUUGUAUAGGAAGAAGGACUAGAUGCAUGCCUUUGCAAUGCAACAAUUUAAUAAGUCAUUGCAGAAUGAAUGUUCAAAACUAUCACGGAUGCCAUAAAUGCGAUUGUUCUAAAACUUUGUUCAAACUUUGCAUACCAGACGCAAAUUGCUUAGACCGUAAACCUGGGCGUUGUCCAGCACAACCGGAAACGACAGGAAUAACCGCAUCAAACCAAUUAUGGUGUGUCUUAAGUUUAAGACAGGAGUGUCAACAUGAUGCACAAUGCCCUGAAAAUCGUAAAUGUUGUUUGCAAGGAUGUUAUUACAGAUGUUUGCUACCAAGAAGAGAAGACGAGGAAUAGAAUUCCUUUUCUUUAUUAAUUUUUGUUUCUGA